GAUGUCUUGGAGGGUCAGGACCCUCAGGUCUCCACUCCUGGUGACUAAAGACAUGCUCUUCCCCUGGCAGCUGCCACCUAUUCAGAGUGCUGACAUCAGAAGCCAGAGGGGUCUCGGUGCUUCUCAGCACCCUGACGUCACUGGUCAACUAUCACUGGAAGCAGCAGUAGCUUAGUUCCCUUAUCUACCGCUGCAGAAGGACAGCUGUCUAAAGGCCGCGGGGAAAUCAAAGGUCACAAUCAGCCUGCUCAGAAGGAAGCAGUCUUCCCUCUGCCCCAGGAAUUCCCACGGCUCUCCGGAUGGUGGGUCAAGAGCCGGCGCCCCUCCCCCAGGAACUCAGUCAAGUGGCGGCCUGAAAAUGGAUAAUUACACAGCGGCCCCGGAGGAUGACGAGUAUGACGUCUUCAUCGAGGUGGAUCUGAAGAACGACGAGGUGGAACCAUGUGACAGAUUCGUAGCCCAAGUGCUCUCUGCCCAGCAGGUGCUGCAGCUCAGCUGCACCCUCUUUGUGGCCGGUCUCCUGGAAAAUGCCUUGGUUGUGUUUGUCCUGGUCAAAUAUAAAAGACUGAAACAGGUGGAGAAGAUCUAUUUUCUGAACCUGGCCAUUUCCAGUCUGGGUGUCUUGCUCUCCCUGCCCUUCUGGGCUCACACUGCUCUGCAGGGCGGAAGCGUGGAUGAUGCCCUGUGUCGGGUUUUCGCUGGACUCCGCUCGGCGAGUGUGUUCAGUGAGGCACUUUUCAACACCCUCCUGAUGGUGCAAAGGUACGUGGUGAUUUUCCACGUGAGAUGUCCUGCCUCCAAGACAGUGCCGGGCACAGUGAUGACAAGUGUCCUGAUGUGGGUAGUGGCCAUUCUGGUCACUUUGCCUGAAUGUGUGUUUUAUGAACCUCAGAUGGAAUUCCAGAAAUACAAGUGGUGCUCCUUGAGCAGAUCUUACUUUCUGCCAGCUGAUGAAACCUUCUGGAAGCACUUUCUGACCCUGAAGAUGAACAUCUUGGUGCUCGUUUUCCCACUUUUUGUUUUUUUAUUUUGCUACGUGCGAAUGGGAAGACUCCGAAGGUUCAGGGAGAGUCCGUCUGAGUUUUCUAGGCUGGCAUUUGCUGUGACAGCCGUCUUCCUUCUGAUGUGGGCACCCUACAACAUCGCGCUCUUCCUGUCUGCUUUCAAAGAACGCCUCUCCCUGCACGACUGCAAGAGCAGCUACAAGCUGGACACCAGCGUCCAGGUCACAGAGAUCGUGGCCAUUGCCCACUGCUGCGUCACCCCUCUUCUCUAUGUGUUUCUGGACAGGGCAUUUCGGAGAUACCUCUGCAGCCUGUUCCCUUGGUGUAAGGACACCUCGCUUCAACCCAGUGAGGGGUCUGCCCCAGGUACACCAAGGCAAGAUCAAGAAUAUUGCACUGAAAUGUGAACCAGCCAGCACCAACGGCGGAACAAAUAAAUGUGGACUUUCGCUCUUUCCAUUGUUUUGUG